AUGAAGAAUCCGAAGUAUAGUUCUUAUUGUAAGGUCGAUAAAUCCCUCCUUGUUGGUGGUAAAGUAGAUAUAGUACUGAAACGAAUCUCCUCAGACGCCAAUAUUGAUGGAAAUAAUGAUAUGUUGUUAGGACAGCAAGCAAUCUUCACUGAACAACCUGGUCUUGAUAUUAUCAAUGCUGUACCUUAUAUAAAAACAUUAGCACAUCCAAUGGAAGAUGUAACAUCUAUAGUAUUCUGGCACAAUGAAAAUGCUGUGUCUGUACAGGUUGAUAUAUAUGAGGUUCCAGAUAUUAAACCAAGUAAAUAUCCUAAUGGAUUGUAUCAUGACACUAUGGAAAUUAACUUAGGAAGCAAAACAGAACGUAAUAGGCUGAUCCGCAUAAUCUUAUUUGGUAAAGCAGUACAUAGAUAUGAUUCAAUCAUGUUCUCUAAAAUGUGUGAACUUAUUCAGGAUUAUAUUGUCUCUGUCAAGAAUCAACCUCCUGAGGCUAGAAAAUGUCUUAUGAUUGGUAUUAAUGUUAAUGAAGCAUUAAAUAACAAUGAUCAUUUUGAUAUAACAUUAGAUAUCUAUUGGGAUAUUGAGAAUAUCUGUAUGUGGCCUAAAUGCGUUAGAAGUGAUGGUAUUUGUUAUAUUAUAUCUCAAAAAACAUUAGGAUUAGAAGAUAUGAGAAGUCAAAUAAUCACCAAGCCUCAGGAAGAGGAUCAUGUUAAGAAAGCUAUAUAUGAUGCUGCAGUAAAUGCCUCAAUUACUCAGGUCAUACAGGGUUAUCAACCACAAUCCAGCAUAUCUCUUCAGAUGGCAGAACACGCUAAAUGGGCUAUGUCUGUUGGUAUCUCACUUGUGCUGGAAACAUGCGGUAUCGAGAUUAGGGAUAAACCUUUUGAGAUGAUAGAUGUCAUUAUACCAGAUCAAGUAUACAAACUCAAAACAACAUUAAUAGGCAAAGGAGAUGGUGUACCUAUGAUGAAUUCAAAAGCUUGGAAUGUUAUGUUUCCACCUGAUAGUCUAAAGGGUAUAUCAAGAAGCCCGAUGGCUGUUGCUAACAGUAUAGUUUACAAUAACAUAGUGUAUGGCAAUGAGUUGGGUAGGUUAAUGGGACCAGCUGAUAAUUUAUUUUUUUACGACUAUGCGGUUGAAAGCAGAGAGAAGAAUAUUAACGCAUGGUUUUCUGGUGCUAGAAAUAAGAUAGCACCCUUAUUCAAACACAUGACACCAUUACAGGCAACAAGUACAUUGGGGAAUAUCAUGGCUUUUGAGAUGAUUAAAGCCAAAUGCAGAGUGGAAGAAGCAAGCAGACACACUACUCUCAGAUAA